GUUUUUCAAGAAUCAUAGAAUACGUCUAGCGCUAUGAAAACAAUAUAUUUACUGCAUUGUAGAGGGUCCGAGACGACAUAACCUCGUCGAACUUCAUCUGGUCACGUCUGGUGACAGAAGUCACAUGAGCUUGCACCAUCGUCCGUCUCUCUCCUCACAGAUCCUAUCGCUUUGCUCCACACACUUCGACCACCAACUCACGGCCGCCAACUCACGGGCCCAGGACGAUGGAUCGGGAGGUUUGGAAAUCCUGGGAGCCGGUUAGAUGCGGGGUCGAGUGGAGUGAAAAAUGUGGAUGGAUGACACCCAGGUAUGACAAAAUCGAAGCCAGCACCGAAGCCAGCACCAGUGCCGCGGACGACAUCUCCCCUCCUACAAGCUGGACUACCGCCAAUCUCGUUCCGCCCAACUCGCACGCGACUUCUGCCUCUCGACAGAGCGCUGCGUUUUUGGACCGUGGACUGGAUGCGAAGCACCUCAUCGACCCAGAAAGGCUCUUGCUCCUCGAGGGCACUGCAGCUGACCUCGAAGAGUCUGUCUUCCAGACUCUAAGAAACGAACUCAGCGCGAUCGUACACAACGCCUGGACUCUUGAUUUCAACAAGUCGCUGACGUCGUGUGAGCCGCACAUCAAAGGCACGCGCAACCUGAUAGAUCUUGCCCUAGCCUCGGAGACUGGAGCUCGAUUCCUGUUCACGUCAUCUAUUGACACAGCUAUCGGGAUCCAAAACGAGAUCAUCGCUGCCUCCGGACUGGACGCCACGCCUUUCCGUGUCGGGCAGGUAUGCGGCUCGGCUCAAACGGGAGCGUGGUCGACGACCGACUGGGUGCCGAGUCUUGUCAAAUCCAGCAUCGCCUUGGGGGCCUUGCCGUCAGAGCCCACUGGACAGAUCGUGUGGCUCUUGCCUGAAGCUGUGUCACGGGCCAUCUUCGACGUCGCGCUGCCCACCCUUGUCGCAUCCAGCUCUCUCGACGUCAUCGCCGUCGGUCUUCGAGUCGGAUCUGCUGCGGAUGUCGUUGCCGCAUUGACUGCCAAGCUGUCAAAUUCUGCUACCAGAAAGACCUGCUCGUUCCCCCUCUUCUCUACCCCGACAUGCGGAAAGUCCGAUCUCUGUGCCUUCACCUGUGCACCGGGCUUCAAGUCCAUAGGGGGAGCGUGUGUUGCACGAUCUGGGCACGCCGAGGCGUAUGGAGAUGUUGAAUGAAAGGAGCACGGUGAAGCAUGCGGGCACGGCGAACACGGUCACGAACACGGCACUGGACUUGGAUUGGGGCUGGGUGAUGGUCUCGGCCUAUGCCUUGGUCUGGGUGGGCAAGCUGACGCGAGCGCCAGUUUUGGUAUCUCGGCGGGCAGCAUGCUCUUCCUGGCGGUUCCUAUGCGUCAAUCUGCGGCUGUGUUUCUGGCUCGCUGGAAGUCAACGGUAAUGAAUGUGUUGACAUCCCUGCAUCCGCGAACUUGUGUGCGUGUCUCGACUCUUUCCGUCUCGGCAUCUGCCUCGGCCCUGCUCUCGUCUAUCUGAAACAGCCGCAAGUUCUUAAAACAUCAUAUUAUACAUAUCGCUCACUCGGAAUAAUAUAUAUAUACUGCGUUGUGGAAGGUACAAGACGAGAUAACCUCCUCGAACAUCUCUCGAGCCCAUGUCUUGCAACCGCGGCUACCAACGAACCGGUGCGGGGAGGAUGGGCUUGGGUGCUAUUGCAAGGGCAACAGAGCAAGAUAUGGGGGGAGAGAGAGGGAGGGUUCCAUGCAAAGAGGGGGGGACUCCAGCAGACGCGCAUGCACAUUAACACCGCCACAUUCGUUCGACACCUUGUGCAGCUGAGUCUGCAAUGGAACGAUGUCCUCCAUCAUGAGCUCGUGCGAUACCAUGGUCCCGGAGUCCCCUCCGCAAUCGCUCGGCUUCGCGACGCAGAGCGAGUUCGUGCCCCCUGCGCACCCGUAUCAUACGCUCGUUCUCUACUUCGAUACUGACAGACAGAAACCGGGGUCCAGUUCGGCUUGGACAACUUGAACAUCGUGCAGUUCUUUUCGAUGCUGCCCAAGGGCGACUGCGAGCGCCAUAUGAUGUACUACCUGCGGGGAUCGGGACAUACACGACGCCAGAGAUUGCGACUCCGAUGAUGUCGCGGUUCUCCAAGCUCCUGGACAAGAUGAUCGCGUGGAACCUGCAUUCGCAUGUGAUCGAUACGAGAGCCGCGCGCUGAACAUUGAAUGAGAUGUCCCCUGCUGACUUGCUUCCCUCUUUUUGCGCUGACAAGGCUGAUGCAAGACUACACCGCUGGCAAUCGGAUCUGCAUCUUUGAGUUCUCUCGUGGUGCCUACACUGCGCGCAGCUUGGCUGGGAUGCUCCACAAAGUCGGCCUAGGGUUAUUAGAAGUGCUCUAGGGUCGAUUCCCUAGGCCAGUCCUAACCCCAGGGCAGGGUUUCCCGAGGCCUCCCUGGCCGUUUAGGGUUACGCUUGGACCAGCUUCAGGCCUGGAUCGUCGAGCGGUGACUGACCGACAUGUGACAAGAUGGGAGUGCAUGCCCCGCAUCGGAAGUGUUCCGACACGUGCCUGCGAGGAUGCCUCUAGGUCGACAGAGGCUACGCAUCGGGAGAGUCCCAAUGGAGUCACCCUGGGUUUUGAAACAGACUGAAAUCUGUUUUGACAAGGCAGUUCCUGCUGCGGGGUGAUGAUAUGGAACAGCGCCAUGAACGUCAGGGAGUCCACUGCCCCCUCCGAGCAGCGUGAAACGGAGAGCAAGAAAGCCAGAUGGUAAAGUCUGGAUGAGAUAACAGGCGAUCUGGCGACCCCGGACCUGGGGGUGUUGCAAGUCAGCACAAGAUGGGGAAGGCACCCAGACCCACACAUCGGAAAGGUCCCGAUGAACAACAGGCGAUCUGGCGACCCCUGACCUGGGGUGUUGCGGCAAGUCGGCACAAGAUGGGGAAGGCACCCAGACCCACGCAUCGGAAAGGUCCCGAUGAAGAGCAGCAGACAGUCUGGCGACCUUUGCCCGGCCGCCCAGUAAGGCCAAGUCGUUUACAACCGCACACGGACGACCGGGGUGAAAUUUCGGCACCAUGAAAACGCGGUGGAAU